AUGUCUGUACCAUCUUCAGUGAGCGAAGACAAAGAAACUCGCACGGUGAAUGGCAAGGAAGUAGAGAUCCACACAUGGGACGGUCCGGACGACAAAGAUAACCCCUUCAAUUGGUCGCCAACGUACAAAUGGGUCGUCACAGUCACCGUAUGCUUCGUCUCGAUCUUGACAGGUCUGCCUGCUGGUUCAUACGGUUCCGGAAACGACUGGAUGUCACCCUUGUGGAACGUCCAAAACGAUCCCUUCCCAAACCUAUACUGGGCAACAACAAGCUGGAACAUGGGUGCUGCCCUGUUUCCACUGCUCUUCGUCCCACUGACAGAGAACACGGGUCGCAUGCCUGGAUACUUCAUCGGAUACAUCGUCUUCGAGCUCUUCCUCUUCGGUUCUGCCUUUGCCAACAACUUCGCUACGAUCGUGGUCACCCGUUUCUUCGGUGGUGGCGCCUCCUCAGUCGCCAUCAACAUCGUCGGCGGCAGUAUCAGCGAUAUCUGGAAAGGCGACAAAGCGCGCAGCUUGCCCAUGUCGCUGUUUGGCUUUACCAGCGUAGCGGGCAUCGCACUUGGCCCGUUCGUCGGCAGUGCGAUAGUGCAGAUUCGGAAGCCGAGCGUUGGCCUCGAGUCGCCCUGGCGAUGGAUCUACUACAUCCAAAUCAUAUACAACGCCGCCCUUAUUCCUGUCUUCUGGCUCAUCCUGCGCGAAACGCGCGGCGACGUGGUUCUCAAGAAAAGCGCGCAGAAGCUGCGCAAGGAAACCGGUCGGGCAAUUUACGCCGAGUCCGAACUGGACAAACCUUCGGUUGUCGAAUUGUUGAAAGUGUCUUUCAUGCGCCCCACGAAGAUGCUUGUCUCCGAGCCCGUCGUAAUAUUCUUCACCCUGUGGAUAUCAUUCGCCUGGGGCAUCCUCUUCCUGUUUUUCAGCUCCGUGGUUCAAACCUUCGGUGACUCGUACGGCUUUGGCACCUUCCAGACUGGGCUUGUGCAGCUCGCCAUCACCGUCGGCGCUGUGAUCGGUACAUUGGUGAACCCACUGCAGGAUUGGAUGUAUCUCCGCUCGGCUGGCAAGAACGAUGAGAGACCCGGCAAACCUAUCCCAGAGGCACGCUUGUACACGAGUAUCCCGGGCUCUCUACUCUUCACAGCCGGUCUGUUCAUCUACGGAUGGACGUGCAGACCGAGCGUACACUGGAUCGUGCCCGCGAUCGGCAUAACAAUUGUUGGAGUCGGGAUCUACUCGAUCUAUAUGGGCGUAGUGAACUAUCUCACCGACGCAUACGAGAAGUACGCCGCGUCCGCGCUCUCCGCUGCUUCGCUCGGCCGCAACAGUUUCGGCGCCUUCUUGCCGUUAGCUUCUGGCCAGCUUUUCUCGACGCUGGGAUUUGGGUGGGCGGGCAGCUUGUUGGGCUUCAUCGGGCUGGCGUUGAGUGUUGUGCCGGUUGUGCUGCUGUUUAAGGGCAAGGAGAUCAGGGCUAGAAGUCCGUUUAUGUUGGAUAGUACGUUUGAUAGUGAGGAGGAAGCGGGAAGGAAGAAUAGCUAUAGCAAGAAGGGACAAGGGAGGAGUGGUGGGGAGAGUGAGGUCUGAGGUUGGAUAGCGUCCAUAAGCGUACAUCAAUUGGCCAGAAAUCGGUUU